AUCAAUAAUGCUAGGAUUUUGGUCGGCUCGGGCUAUGAAAACCAUUACCGUUGAAGAGGAGAAGAGUGACUACCCAAAGCGCAAACGGCGGAGAGAUAAAAACUCAAUAACAAGAUCUGGCAACGUCUAAAUGACGUAAUAUUCCGAAUUACUGCGACGGCGCACAGGCAGCAGCAACUAUCGCUGUUGUGUAUGUUGUCCCCCCGCGACGGGUCACCGGGAAGGAGGAGGCACGCGGCGUUCACUGGUUGGCCGACGACGCGGCGUCGCGUCCCAGGUGCGCUUGAGCGGUGGCCAGUAGUCUAUGGUCGGUAGUCGGUUGUCGAUAUUCGGUUGUUAUGUUCCCGUCUUCCGUAAUCCAACGUUAAUCGGAUGCGCCUUUGCCGUUCAUUUUCGUGUCUGUCCACUUUGCCCUACGCAAAACAAAUACACGGCAACGCCUUCCUGAAGUCGUGUUUCGUCUCCGUGUAUUCAAGAUGGGCAACGAUAUUAUUGUCGAUUUUCUUUUGAGCAGACGUCCUGAGUCCAGACGUGGAAUUCUAUAGAAAGGAAGGUCAAACAAGGUCUAUGCACAAUUCGUCUCAUAAUCUCAACACGAUUAUAAUUUUCAUUUUACGAUUGAGGAGAUAUUAACAAAAUAAACAUGAAGUCUGCUCAAUCGAUGAGAUCAAUGGUGGAUUCCUUUACAUAUUAUGAACCAUGUGUCCUAUUAGAAAAAAUUCCGAUUCCCAUAUGGAUGGAAAAUAAACAGAACAAUAUCAGCCUUACAAAUGGAGUGCCUGAACAUAUGAAAUUAAAAACUAAAGAAACAGAGGAGUACACAAAUGGAGAACCUAACCGUAAAAAAUUGAAAACUGAAGAAACAGAUGAGUUCACAAAUGAAGAACCUAACCGUAAAAAACUAAAAACUGAAGAAACCGACUUGGAAAUUCCAAAGUUGAUACUGUCAAAAAAUGGGGAUAUAUUUAAAUCGAAACUUAAAUAUUCAAAAAUACAGCCAGAAAGUACUCAUCUCUAUAGUCUACCUGAUAAAACAAUAAAUGAGGUUGAACCUUCAAAUAAAGAAAAAUGUAUAAAAAUAAACCAUGACAACAAAGAUAAAAUCGAAGAAAUUAAGGAAUCAGUAACACAUAAUAACUUAUUAAUUGGUAAAAUCAAAAUUCGUAACGUAAAUACAAUAAAUGCCAAUUUUACAGAAAAUAACUAUUUUGGUACAGAAAAAUCAAAUGUUUCACAAAGUUAUUCACCUUUUGUUUUUCCACCGCUGGGAACCAAGGAAGUUACAAUGCUAUGUUUUGAAAAAUUACAUAAAAAAUACUUUAAUAAAAAUGUACAAGAUACUUUGGCUAUUAAUAACAACCUACUAUUUAUGAAUAUGAUAACAAAUAUGCAUUCUAUAUCACGGGUAAACUUGAUAUUAAGUAGGAACGACACACAUGUUAUGGCUCAGAAUGUUCAUAAGCUGGCAGUUCUGUACAUAAAUUAUUUUGAAAAACUUGACAAAAUGCUACAAACAAAUAUUAUUGAUUUAACAUCUAUUUUUGAUGAUUCUGAUUUUGAACAUGGUUUUUUAAUGAUUAUUUUAAGCUUAUUCAUUGGUCUUAAGAUGUUGGGUAGUAAUAUAUUUCAGAAAAGUAAUAUUUUACUGACAAAACUUCAAAAAUUACAAUGGGAAGUUAUAAAAGAUCAAAAUGUUGAUCACAAUAAAAUCCAAACAACUUUAGAAUCCGAUACAUUUUGUUCGUGUUAUUAUAAAAUAUCAGAAUUGAUCGGAGAAGGCUCUCAUACAGAUCCCAACAUAAUUUAUUGUUGGAAGUUAUUGUUUAUACCAUCAGUUCUUAAAAUUACUCAUUUUGAUUCAGUAACUGAUGCUAUUAUAAAUGCUACAGAUGUCGAUAAAUUAGAAGGUUUAUUAGAAGAGGCAUCAAAUAAAGUACGUCAAAAUUCUUAUUCAUUAAGUGAUGCUAAAAUUGAAAAUUUAAUCGCAUUGGUGAACAAAUCUACUCAAAAAAAUAUCAAUGGCAGUUAUGAAAUGGCCGAACCGAGUACCAGUGGAUUUACUACAAUUGAAAAUACUAGAUCCACGCCAAUGCAAAGUGAAAAUACUCCACAUAUUCUUCAUACAAGAUCUUUAAGAACUGAAGAUCCAAAUACGGCAAUAAUUGAUUGCAAGUCAAAAGUCUGUGGUGUUGAAAAUACUUCAACUUUUAAUGUUCCUGAAGAAUCUAAAGAAUGGUUCAAAAAAACCAUUCCUGUUCAACGUCAAAAGAAAUGUACUCGUAAAAAAAAAUCAGAAUCCGAAGAAUUGAAAACUCUUUAUGAGGAUUAUUCUAAUACACAUUUAACAAACAUACAUUCAUUAUCAAUAGCUGAUCGUGUGAAAUUACGUAAAACGAGAAAUACUUUAAUUGCUGCAACUAAAACAACUGAAGACUCACGCAAAAAACUAAGAUCAUUCAAAAGUGAAUACGUGUAUACUCCUAGUAAUGUUAAUACAAGAAUUACACGAUCUUCAAAAUUAAAUAUUAAUUGUGUUGAACCUCCAAAAAAGUCUUUAAAAAAAAUACAUGCACCUAACCGAGUUAAAGUUCAUGGAACUAAAAAUACAACAACUGCAGUGCCAUCAAAACCUAAUGACUUGUUAAAAAUACCCUUCUCAAUUAAAAAUGAAAAUUCAUCUUUCCCACAGAUAUUCUAUACAAGUAUCUCAGAACAAAAUCGAGUUAAUAAGAACUCUCCACUUCUUUCUACAACAUCAAUUAUUAAACAUGAAGAAGUUUGUCAAGUUAGAAAUUGUUGUACUAAAGGUUCAACAAAUAAUUGCAUACACAAAAAUGUAAACUCUACUAUCAAAACGGUCAAUGUAAAACAUGGAUUAAAUGGAAAUAAAAUGAUCAUAAUGCCAAAAGAACAAUCUGUUAAAAAUAUUUCCAAGAGCUCGAGCAGCCACAAUAACGGAUUCAAUAAUGCCUAGUAAAUAAAAAUUGCAGAUGACCCAGAAAUAACUGAUUCUUACUGAAAAAAUCCAUCAGGUUUAUUACUAUAUAUUUUAUUACUUUAAAUAUUAUUUUAUAUUAUUUAAACAUUACGUAUUUUUGUUAGAAGUUAAGUUGUUGUAAAACUAACAUUAAUGGUUGUAAACAAGCCUGGGCAUAAACAAGUUAAAAAAUUAAAGCUAAGAUAAAAGUUAAGUUAACUUUAACUUUUUAAAAUGUUAAGUAUCAACUUAACUCAAAUAAAAAUUAUUUUUUACUUUCCCAGGCUUGGCUGUAAACUGGAUUGAUUUAUUGUGUAGACGGUUAUGGUUCUGUAUGUAGUCUACCUGUAAAUGUUCCAUCGUUGG